AUGAGCCCUGCGGCGGGGCAGCGAUGCCCAAGGAGCGGCCGCUGUGGCGGGGGGCGGCCUUCCGUCUUUGCGUGCUGUCGGCCGCGCUGCUGCUGUGCCUGCAGCUGGCCGUGCGGCGCUCCUGGUGCCCGGAGGAGAGGCCCCGGCUGCCCGCCGUGCCGGCGUCGGGCCGGGCGGUCCCUCAGCCCCGCGACGCGGCGGUGGUGCCGGGGCGGCGGCGGGUGACCUACGUGAGGAGCGGGCGGCGGGGCGGCCGGCCCGGCUGCUGUCCUCCGGGCAGGAAGACUGUAAGGUGGCACAUUGAACUGCAGCCAUGGGCAAGUCCAACUCCUUCCUUGAACUAUGAAGCCUUGAGGUUCCUGAAGUACAUUAGCACUUCUCAAAUUUCAUGUGAGCACAUGAACCUGAGCAGCCUGAGGGGCAACUCUGAAGCCAUGAAGAGGCCCUGGUCAGUCUGUCUUGAUGAGAGGUUUAGCCUUAUCCACCGGCUCAGAAACAAGCAGUGCCGUCUCUAUUCCCUGGGACUGGGCAAUAAUGACAACCAGUUCGAGAUCAGCAUGGCUAACAGUGGAUGUGAGGUGCAUCGCUUCGACCCCAGCAUUAAGUCAGCACACAUCCAGGAGGGUCAGCACCUCUGGUAUCAUCGCCUGUCCGUUGACUGGAGGGAUCCCAACCCAGCCAUUGCUGCACACAAACUUCACAGCAACACAAAGAAGCUGGGCACGAUAUUGAAUGAAUUUGGACAUCAGAAGAUUGAUGUCCUCAAGGCAGACGUGGAGAGCGCGGAGUGGAAGAUCUUGGAAAACCUGAUCCUGGAGGAUGUUGUUGAGCAGAUCGGGCAGCUGGUCUUUGAGGUGCACAUCCACUGGCCUGGUUUUGAGGUCAGCGGCAAUGACAGCACUGUGGUGAGGUACUGGUACAGUCUGCUCCGAGAACUGGAGCUGAAGGACUUCAGGCUUUUCCAUACCUACAAAGACUUAUCAAAACCACAGAUGCUUCUGAAAAAGGAAGCCUUCAAUGCCAGUAGCUGUUACACACUGAGCUGGGUGAAUACGAGAUGGAAAUAGCAGAAAGGAAUCUACGAUGUGAGCCAUGUGUCCUGUAGCAUUACUGAUGAGGACCUUAGAGUCACUGGCUGAAGUUGCCAAAUAGCGGUUGCUGAUGAAACGGGCUGGCUUUUGUUUUUAAACGCUGUCAAAAGAGCUGAAAGUGGAACCUGAUCGGGUGAGGUUCUGCAGCACCUUUUCUAGCACUGCCCGCUGGCUCCUUCUCAUGGAGCUCCCUGGCCCUGCUUCUCUCCCUGCGAGGGGCACACAAACACUUGCAGAAGUGGUGGCUCUGGUCUUGGGGAUGUGGAAACGUGUCCUGCCCUAUACGUGGGCUCUGAGUGCUGGCAUGCAAGCUGGGUGAAGGGUGCUCCCAAUAACCCAGCUCAGCCAUUCCCUGGGAAGCUAAGCAAUGAGAGGGAGCUAAAAAGUAUGCAGCAGGUGGUUAAUUGUUUUGUUAUGGAUAAUUUUGACAUUAAACUUUGCAUUGAAAUACAAGAUCA